GGCCGGGCGGGAGGAGCCGCUCGCCGGUUUUGCCGCCUCGGCCUUCGCCUUCGCCUUCGCAGCCGCUUCCAGACUCUCAAACAGAGAAUUCCAGGAGGGCUUGGGGAGCCUCUGGAGAAAAACCAGGCUCCUCAUGUUACAAGGAGGCCAUGUCUUCUGGUGCCCAUGCCUGAAGUUACAGGAGGGAAGAAUUACUGCUGCUGACUUUUGAGUGGAUUUUACAGCUGGGUAAACUGAGGCUCAGAGAGUGUUGUACAUUAUAAACCGGGGCUGCUGAUGAGGAGUGGGGAACUGGCUCUCUGGAACGUGUGACAGCAGGCAGAAGGGUACCCGGGACAAGAACCUCAGGAGGCUACCAGGAGCUGGGAGCUCCUCCUUCCGUCAGUGACUCCUGAGCCCCAGGGCGCUGCUGGACCAGCCCUGUGUGUCUUAGGUGACCCCAGGGCACCGAGGGCAAUUUGCAUAUUUCUCCGAAGAACCAUCCAGAACCUGAGCAGCCUGUCUUCAGACAGAGAGAGGCCCAUGGCUGUUUCUUGAAAUCUGGGGCUGGGAAUGGCCAUGUGGAACAGGCCAUGCCAGAGGCUGCCUCAGCAGCCUCUGGUAGCUGAGCCCACUGCAGAGGGGGAGCCACACCUGCCCACGGGCCGGGAGCUGACUGAGGCCAACCGCUUCGCCUAUGCUGCCCUCUGUGGCAUCUCCCUGUCCCAGCUAUUUCCUGAACCCGAACACAGCUCCUUCUGCACAGAGUUCAUGGCAGGCCUGGUGAAGUGGCUGGAGUUGUCUGAAGCUGUCUUGCCAACCAUGACUGCUUUUGCGAGCGGCCUGGGAGGUGAAGGAGCAGAUGUGUUUGUUCAAAUUUUACUGAAGGACCCCAUCUUGAAGGACGACCCGACGGUGAUCACUCAGGACCUUCUGAGCUUCUCACUCAAGGAUGGGCACUAUGAUGCCCGGGCCAGAGUCCUCGUUUGCCACAUGACCUCCCUGCUCCAAGUGCCCUUGGAGGAGCUGGAUGUCCUUGAAGAGACGUUCCUGGAGAGCCUGAAGGAAAUCAAAGAGGAGGAAUCUGAAAUGGCCGAGGCAUCCCGGAAGAAGAAAGAAAACCGGAGGAAAUGGAAGCGUUAUCUCCUGAUAGGCCUGGCGACUGUCGGAGGUGGAACGGUGAUCGGUGUGACUGGAGGUCUAGCUGCACCCCUUGUUGCCGCUGGAGCAGCGACGAUUAUUGGCAGCGCCGGGGCAGCGGCUCUGGGCUCAGCAGCCGGCAUAGCCAUCAUGACCUCCCUGUUUGGUGCAGCUGGAGCUGGCCUGACAGGAUACAAGAUGAAGAAGCGAGUGGGAGCCAUUGAAGAGUUCACGUUUCUGCCUCUGACAGAGGGCAGGCAGCUGCACAUCACCAUCGCCGUCACGGGGUGGCUCGCUUCUGGCAAAUACCGCACCUUCAGUGCCCCGUGGGCUGCCCUGGCCCACAGCCGUGAGCAGUACUGCCUGGCCUGGGAAGCCAAGUACCUGAUGGAGCUCGGCAAUGCCCUGGAGACCAUCCUCAGUGGUCUCGCCAACAUGGUGGCCCAGGAGGCCCUAAAGUACACAGUGUUGUCUGGCAUUGUGGCUGCCCUGACCUGGCCAGCCUCACUCCUCAGUGUCGCCAAUGUCAUCGACAACCCCUGGGGGGUGUGUCUCCAUCGAUCAGCAGAGGUUGGCAAGCACCUGGCCCACAUCCUGCUUUCCCGGCAGCAGGGCCGACGACCUGUCACCUUGAUUGGCUUCAGCCUGGGAGCCAGAGUCAUCUACUUCUGUCUGCAGGAGAUGGCUCAGGAGAAAGAUUGCCAAGGAAUCAUCGAGGACGUCAUCCUGCUGGGUGCACCUGUGGAGGGAGAAGCCAAGCAUUGGGAGCCUUUCCGGAAGGUGGUGUCCGGGAGGAUCAUCAACGGCUACUGCAGGGGAGACUGGCUGCUGAGUUUCAUGUACCGCACAUCCUCGGUGCAGCUCCGUGUCGCCGGCCUACAGCCCGUGCUGCUGCAGGACAGGAGGGUGGAGAACGUGGACCUGACCUCUGUGGUCAGCGGCCACCUGGACUAUGCCAAGCAGAUGGAUGCCAUCCUGAAGGCCGUGGGCAUCCGCACCAAGCCAGGCUGGGAUGAGAAGGGGCUCUUGCUGGCCCCAGGCUGCCUGCCCUCCGAGGAGCCUCACCAGGCAGCAGCCGCUGCCUCAUCAGGCGAGACCCCCCACCAGGGUGGGCAAACCCAGGGUCCCACAUCCGGAGACACCUCCAAAUUGGCCAUGUCCACAGACCCCAGCCAAGCCCAGGUGCCGGUAGGGCUGGACCAGUCUGAAGGGGCCUCCCUUCCUGCUGCUGCCAGCCCUGAAAGGCCCCCCAUCUGCAGCCAUGGCAUGGACCCCAACCCACUGGGCUGCCCCGAUUGUGCCUGCAAGACCCAGGGCCCCAGCACGGGGCUGGACUGACCACAGCAGGGGACCUGAGCCGUCUUCCCCAGUCUCCAUAUGCAGCUCUCUCUUAUACCCUCGGGUUCCUCCCAGGAGCUCUGGAGGUGCAGGAUUUCCACAGGCCUCUUUCCUAAAUGGAAGGAAUUGGAACUGAAAGGGAAAGGAAAUGGAAGGAAGGGGAAUUUGGAGGAGAGAACACGCCCACCCUUGGGAAGCUGCCUGUCCCCAGAGGAGCCCCACCAGGGAGCAGCUGCCCCCUCAUCAGAGACCUGCAGAGUCAACCAAGCACAGGUUAGAGUCCCAGGACUGGAAACCAACUGUGGGCUUUCUGUACUUCUCAUAGCUUUGGAGUCUGGCUGUCCAUCAGGAGGUCCCGAGGGCUCUCUGGGGCCUGAGGCUCCCACACCAGCUCUCCCCUGGCCUCAAUAAAACCAGGUGCAUGCCUGUUCUUCCAUCCACACUCCAGGGCUGCGCACCAUCAACUGGCAGCAACAGAGCAGGCGCAGGUACAAAGAAGGCAGCUCACUCCUGCUCUUAGGAGAUCCAAUCAGAUCUGCCCUGUACAGCCAAUGUAGGCUGUGCACUGCACAACUCCAGGGACAUGAGUCACACAGACACAAUGUGAGUGUGCUCCCCCAUCAUGCAACAUCUGGACACAACUAACAGAGCAUGGUGAAUACAUGCUGAAUUGCAUUCAGUAUGGCUGUGAACUAGGCCUGGGGACAAGAAUGAAUUUUACAUGGAAAGAAUUUCCUGUAGCAGGAACAGAGGGGAUAACAACAGCAAUAAAUAAUAAUAAGAAGAAGAA